CCAGAGUGCAUCGGAAUGGGCGCCCUGCCCCUCCAAAACACAUCUGCUUACUGAGAUUUAGCCACAGGACACCAGGGAGGAAAAGAGAGCAGCUGAAGAGUGGAAGGAUGUUUUCUCUGUUCUGGAGGAUCCUGCUGGAGCUCUUACUGGUUUGGUGGAUGUUUGAAGGGGUCAUCAGGUGUGUGUUUAGUAAGGAGCUGAAAUCGCCCAGCAGCAGGGUGAAGCCCAUGUCACCAUCUGAUUUUCUGGAUAAAUUAAUGGGAAAAACAUCUGGAUAUGAUGCUCGAAUCAGGCCUAACUUUAAAGGUCCUCCAGUAAAUGUUACUUGCAACAUUUUUAUCAACAGCUUUGGUUCCAUCACAGAAACCACCAUGGAUUAUCGGCUGAACGUUUUCUUGCGGCAGCAGUGGAAUGACCCACGGCUGGCUUAUAAAGAGUAUCCAGAUGAUUCCCUGGAUCUGGACCCAUCCAUGCUGGACUCCAUCUGGAAGCCAGACUUGUUCUUCGCCAAUGAGAAAGGCGCCAACUUUCACGAGGUCACCACGGACAACAAACUGCUGAGGAUUUUCCAGAAUGGAAAUGUGCUGUAUAGCAUCAGACUGACUCUGAUUCUGUCGUGUCCUAUGGACCUGAAGAAUUUUCCAAUGGACAUACAGACCUGUACUAUGCAGUUAGAGAGCUGUAAGAGUCUCUAUCAAAUAAUCUCACAUUUAUCUCAUUUUUCUUUUAUAUGCUGCUCAUUAUAUUAUAUUAUAUGCUGCUCAUUUAUAUGCCUUCUCUCUCUAGUUGGCUACACUAUGAAUGAUCUGAUAUUUCAGUGGUUGGAUGAAGGCCCAGUGCAAGUAGCUGAUGACCUUAUGCUGCCCCAGUUUGUCCUGAAAGAGGAGAAAGAUCUCGGAUACUGUACAAAACACUAUAACACUGGUAAAUUCACCUGUAUAGAGGUGAAAUUUCAUCUAGAGAGGCAGAUGGGUUACUACCUGAUCCAGAUGUACAUUCCCAGCCUCCUAACAGUUAUUUUGUCGUGGGUCUCCUUCUGGAUCAACAUGGAUGCCGCCCCGGCCCGUGUUGGCCUGGGCAUCACUACAGUUCUCACAAUGACAACACAGAGCUCUGGAUCCAGAGCAUCACUGCCUAAGGUAUCGUAUGUGAAGGCCAUUGACAUCUGGAUGGCAGUGUGCUUGCUGUUCGUUUUUGCUGCUUUGCUGGAGUACGCGGCUGUUAACUUUGUCUCUCGGCAACACAAAGAAUUCUUCAGACUGAGGAGAAAGCUGCGGGAAGAGCAACGCUAUAGAGCUGCAUCUGGUCAGGCUGGAGGAGCAGAGAUGAAGAACAAAAGCAACAACGUCACAGGGAGUACACCGAGCAGAAGCACACAGCGUCACUGCAGUGCCUGUGCACGGGAAGAGCAGUUGGCCUCACAGAAUCAGGACAUGUACUUCACAGGAUACGGGAUGGACAGCUGUCUAUCUGGAGACGGGCCUCUCUCUGAGGCUGCUGCCAUGUUUGCAGGCCUGCCGCCCGGCCACAUCCUGUUUGAAAUCCGUCGGCGCUUCGUGGAACGAGCAAAGCGAAUUGAUACCAUCUCGCGAGCCGUCUUCCCUCUCAGCUUCCUCGUUUUCAACGUUUUCUAUUGGAUCACAUACAAAGUGCUUAGAAAUGAGGAUAUUCACCCUGCCCUGCAACCCUGACUCCUAUUAAGACUUCUGAACUUCCCAGUAUCCCAUUUUGUGAGCCUGUUUAAAUCCAGUGAGGAUGAGGUCCCACAUCAGGGAUAUUUGAAAUCAAAGCAGUUGAAGAAAGAUGCAAUGUCUAUAUGCAUGUCUAUGGCCACUUUGGAAAAGGUCUAAACCUUUAGUUUUAUGCAACGGCUGAAUCACUCCUGACCUUUGAGAUGCUUUUUCUUUCUCAUUGAGCACAUUUGAUCCAUUAAAAAUAAAUGUUCUAAACAAACAUUUUUUGCCAGCUUUUUCCUUAGUCAUGCAUUUAAAGGCAACUACAAAUAUGGGAGCACUGAAAUCUCAAAACUACAUUUACAUGGAUCAUGAAUUUUGCUUCAACUCUACUGUUCAUAUUUAACCAACGAAAAAUGCACUUUUCAGGAUGAUCUAAUGUAAUGUGUGUACUUUCUAGCACAAAAACACCAGGGGAUGCCUUUUUAGACAACUUCCUUUCCUACAGCUGCCAAGUUAAGUGUUUCUUGCAUUCAUUUUUUAAUGUGGUGUGUCUCCUUGUUCUGUCCCUGACUACACACAAAACUGUGUAAAAAGUCUAAGUAAAGAUUUAUCUUCCACCGCGGAAUACAUAAUUUGCUUUACCCCAACAGCUGCACAAGACACAUAACAGAUCUGCUGCUA